AACGAUACCAAUAUUGAUGAAGUGUAUAUCAAUAUUGAUGAAAUGAUAUCAACAUGCUUAGCAACGAGUAAGAAGAGUAAACAAGCAUGCAAUCUUCCUAGACACUCUUUUAGCAUUUCUUACAGAUUUAGACCUGGAAAUCAUUAUGCUAAAUUGAUCUGCUACAACUGAAUUCAUGGAGUCAAACAUUUCUGAUUGGUCUGAUGGGUUUCAACGAAUCUCGCUUUGUACCCAUAUUACUGCUCUGAAACUCUUUAAAAACUUCUUGUUUGUAGCUGAAAGCAAUGAAAUUCAAAUUUAUGAUUGGAAAUUGAGAGAAUUGUUAUGGAAAAGUGCUAUUUUUGAUAGUUGCACCAUACAUGGCAUUAGAAUUAGUGAUAAUCAUAAAUUCCUCGCAUUUGGUGCAAAGCAUAUCAGAGUCCUAUCCUUCAUUCUCGACGCUGAAAUAAGUCUAACCCAUUCCCAUGCCAUAAAUUUAAAAGAUUGGAUCCUAGAUGUGCAAUGGAUAUGUAAAAAAGAGGAAAUAGAAUACACUGUUGCUGCUUUGACUGCUCAUAAUUGCUUAAUUUUAUUAAAUGAAUCAGGGGAAAUCCUACAAUCAUAUCAUUGUGCAGAAAACUGUAUAUUAUAUUCAGCAUCAAUUAUUUCUUGUGAAUAUCAUUCACUAGUUCUUGCUGUUGGAACUGUUUUUCAGAAAAUUCUUAUAUGGUCUCCCUUUUCUAAUCAGAAUGAUGUUAGCAGAAAUGAGCCAUUUCACCAAUUAUCUGGACAUCAGGGCGUUAUUUUCUCUGUUACCUACAAUGAACAACAUAAAAUCAUUUGCUCUACAUCUGAUGAUCGUAGUUUAAGAGUUUGGAAAGUUCACAGUAAAGAUCAAUUUGCCUCUUCUCUUGAAUUCUGGAGAAACUCUACUAUUGAAUCAAUUUAUGUUCUUUAUGCGCAUGAAUCAAGAGUAUGGAGAUCUUUAAUUUUAAAUUCUUGUAUUCUAAGUAUAGGAGAGGACUCUUUCAUCUGUGUUUGGAGUUUGGAAGGAACAUUACUUAAGAAGUUCAAAGGACACAAGAAUGGAAGCAUUUGGUGCAUUGAAACCACUGUUCAAGAUAAUAAUCUAAACCAAGAAAACAUAUUUGCUUUUACUGGUGGAAGUGAUGGUGGUGUAUAUAUUUGGGGUGUAUCUCAAGCCCUUCAAUCAAAUCUGAUUUCACAGUUAUCACAAGAAAGUAACAUAUUCCAAUCUCUCUUAAAUAAUCCAAAUGCUGACAAUGCUGUUAGUCAUCUUCCACCUGACAGGGGCCUAAAAAAAAAUAAGUGCAUUUUUCCUAGAUUAUGCUCAUUGUACACAGAAGGGGAUGAUGAAUCUAUUUUAAUUUAUAUGGGGACUGAAAAAUUAUCUAAGUACAAUCUGAAAACAAAAAUGUGGGACGAUGUUUUUCUUGAUUAUUCUAUUACUAAUUAUUGUAUUAUGUCGAUAUCAAGUGGUAGUUCCUAUAUAGCCUUAGGUACAUUCGAUGGUGAACUAAUUCUAAUACACAGGCAAGAGCUAAGUGAUAAAAGGUACAAGAAAUUACAAGCACAUGAUAGUAUGAUAUGCUCUUUGCAUUGGUGCAGCAAAACAGGUGAUGCUCUUCUUUCAUGUGGAACAGAAGGACAUUUGACUCUAUGGAGAGUAUCCUAUGAGGAGGAAUUUGAAGUUCAGUGUUUGCAAAAAUUUUUUCUUCCAAAAUGUAAAGGUCAUUGGUGGUCAACAACAGCAUUGCAUAUCAGCUCAGAUACAUUCUUGGUUGUUGGCGAUAGAGGUGGCAGUGUGUCUGCAUAUAGUUAUUCUGUUGAAUUAGAUGAAAAUAAUGAGAUGGGUGAACCGUUCAUGAGAUUCAACAAUAUUCAUGGUGAUAAUGGAGUUACUGAUAUUCAAGAGCAUAACUUAUUUUAUUAUAGUUCUGGUCGAGAUGGUAAAGUGAACCAAUAUUCUUGGAUUGACGAAGAUUUUAAAUUACUUCAUACUCUUAAAGUAUCUCAUGAUUUGGAAUGGAUCGGAAAGAUGAUUUUUUAUGAGUCUCAUUUACUUCUCGUUGGAUUUCAUACAAAAAAUUUUGUUGUCUGGAGUAGCCAUCUUGAGAGUGCAGUGAUGACUGUUGAAUGUGGUGGUGGUCACAGAUCUUGGGACUUUUCUCUUACUGAAGAAGGCAUGGCUACAUUUGUUGCUAUUCAGAAGAAAGAUAUAAUAUAUUACCAACAAGAUUUGCGCCACAUGAUCAAAGAAUCUGUCUUAAAGGAUGGACUUUCGGGACAAAAAAUUUGUUGCUUAACUUACUUGUAUACACAGAGUUCAGAAAAUCAAGAUCCAUGGUCCAUUUUAUUAUGUGGUGGUGAAGAUAAUACUCUACAAGUAAUUAAAUUAACCUAUGCACCUGAUGGAACAGCUGAAUUUGUCACUUUGAGCAAACUUUCAGGGCAUUUAUCUAACAUUCGAGCUAUCGACAAAGAAAAAAUGUUGAAUAUAGACUACUGGCUUUUAGCAUCUGUUGGAGGACGUUCUCAGCUAAUCCUAUGGAAAUAUUACUAUGACACUUAUGGAGAUUGUACUAAAGAGUAUGCGAUAUGUCAACAGCUGAAGUCUACCUUGCUAAUGGGGUCUAGUGAAAAUUCGAUGUUGAAGUUUAGAGGAAGUGAUCCAACUGAAUCGCAAACUAGAUUAAUGGAUGUUUCCAUUUCACGUGCAAGUGGCAAUACUGUAAUAGAUAAUUGGAAUAAUCACUACGAUAUUGGGGUGGCUUGUUCUGAUGGUUAUUUUAGAUUGUAUAAUUUCGAUAUCGAUGAAAACGAACUUACAAUAAAACACUCAUUUAAGCAUAAUGAAAAUUGUAUCCUUAAACUUGUGAGUGAUCGUUCCAAUUUGGUAGCUGCUACACAGCAAAUUUCAUACAUUAUUGGAGCAACAAAUGGAAGCUUGAAAGUCCUUCAGCAUGACAACUUACAUGGGGAGUAUCUAAAUAUGAUUGAAGCAGAGGACAUGAAGAACUCUCAUCAAUCUGGCAUCAAUGCUUUAGAUUACAGGUUUCUAGUAGCUUCAGUGUGGAUGAUUUGUUCAGGUGGAGAUGACAAUAGUUUGAUGGUUGCUUUCAUAGAUUUUAAGGCAUUGCCUUCUGUUAAGAAUCUAAUCAAAGUUGUAUCAAAAUAUCACAUUUCGAAUGCACAUGCUUCGCAAAUAACUGGUGUUAAGAUCCUUGAUCCAUUUACAAUAGUAUCAACAUCUGUUGAUCAAAGACUCAAUGUAUGGAAAGUAAACUACAUUAAUUCUCCUACCACUGCAGUAACUAUCAAUCUUCAUAGAUCAGUGAUUUCUCUCAUUCCAGAUAUAGCAAAUUUGGAGUAUUGGGAGAAUAGUGACUUUAAUGAAUGGAAUUUGGCAGUAUGUGGUCAAGGAUUUGAAGUUUUUAGAUUUACAAAGGAAGAUGAUCUGGAUUUUAAGGAACUUAUACUGCAUUUCAUACAAGAUCCCUAUCCUUAUCUUAAAGUACAUUGAUUUAAAUUGUAUUAUUGUAAAUAAAAUUUUCUAACUUUUAAUAAAAAAAUAUUUUUUGUUU